AUGCUGAAGAACAAGGUCUUUGGGACCUUUGAAAGCGACCUGGAGUUUCGGCUGGUCCAUUUUGCCAUGAUGCCCCUCUAUAGCGAGAAGUUCGAUGCCAAUGCCGGGCUGAGCAGCUGCAUGGACAAUGUUUACAACUCCGAAGCACAUAACGAUCUCUAUUCCGAGAAGGAGAAGUAUUUCGACUACAGAGCUGACCUGCACCGCAUCACAGCCAGGACCCUGGUGGUUGUCGGAGACAAAGAUUGGAUUUGUCCAUUGGCAAACUCCGAACUCAUUGCGUCCAAGGUGGCCGAACAAAAAGGCGAGCGGUUCGCCUUCAUUACGACAAAAGGCUUCAAAGACGUCUGUGUUAUUGGCGACCAGAGUCGACCAAAAUUGUUUGAUCUCAACGUGCGCAAAGCAGAAGCACUACACGACACCGUCAUUGAGGUUGAUGAACGCGUGACGAUUGAAGACUAUGAUCUGAAUCCAGCACCUAUGGAUAUCACACAAGCACUCACGGACGAAAACCUUGUGCGAACUCCGAGUGGUGAGAUCAUCCGAGUUCUGAAGAAGGUCGACGUUGAUGCAGUUAGACGGCAAUUGAAUGACUUGAAGGGGCAGGGAUACACUUCCCUCGCCAUUGCCUUCAUGCAUUCCUAUCUCUUCAAGGACCACGAGGAACAGGUUGCUCAGCUGGCCCGCGACAUCGGAUUCACAUACGUUACGUUGUCAUCGGAGAUAAGCCCGAGCAUCAAGUUGCUCAACAGGAGCAACUCCACGUGCUCUGAGGCGUAUCUUUACCCCGUGAUUAGACGCUACGUUCAGGACUUUCAGAGCGGCUUCAAAACUUUGCCACAAAAUGUGGACUUUAUGUGCUCGGACGGUGGAUUGAAGAACGCAACGAAAUUCAGAGGCAACGAGGCUCUCCUUAGUGGCCCGGCAGGAGGUGUGGUCGGCAUCGCUAGAUCAUGCUUCGACGAAGAGGAAAGAACACCAAUCAUCGGCUUUGACAUGGGAGGCACUUCGACCGACGUCUCGAGAUUUGACGGCAGAUAUGACUACUUGACGGAGACUACGAUAGCAGGCAGACCGAUCAAUGUGCCCAUGUUGAACAUUGCAACGGUUGCUGCUGGAGGAGGCUCUAUUCUGUUCGCACGUAACGGGUUGCUGGUCGUGGGCCCGGAGAGUGCAGGGGCUCACCCAGGCCCGGCUUGCUAUAGGAAAGGAGGGCCCUUGACCGUCACCGACGCCAACUUAUUUCUUGGUCGCCUGGUCUUGUCUUCUUUCCCUUCAAUAUUUGGGAAAAAUGCGGAUGAGCCCCUAGAUUCCGAAAUUGUCGCUGCGAAGUUCAGGGAUAUUACACAGGACUUUAACCAACAGACAUCGCAGCAGCUAACACCGGAGGAAGUUGCGUUGGGUUUCCUCAACGUUGCGAACGAGACUAUGAGUCGUCCCAUCAGGAACAUCACGGAGGCCCGGGGCUUUUCACCUGAAGCACACAAUCUAGUCAGCUUCGGAGGGGCUGGUGGACAGCAUGCUUGCUCAAUCGCGGAUAAGCUUGGAAUCAAGCGAAUUUUGAUUCACAAGUGGUCAUCGCUUCUCUCAGCAUACGGGAUCUCACACGCUGAGCUUCAACACGAGAGCCUGGAACCUUAUUCAACGAAGCUUGCCUCCGUCGCCCCUGAAACCAUUCGAGAUCGGCUAGCCGAGCUCCGACUGCGCGUGAGCGCGGAGCUGUUCGGCCAGGGAGCGAGCCAGUCUUCGCUGCUUUUCGAUGAGUCCCUGGUCUUGCGGUACUUCGGCACGGAUACCAGUAUCACGAUAACGAGGCCCGCCGACGAGGACUACGCUGCCGCAUUCACGGCGCACCAUCUUAGAGAAUUCGCCUUCACUUUGAAUCGCGACAUCGUCAUUGAGUCAAUCAAGAUCAGAGGAACUGGAAGCCUGGCAACACCACGCCGUGACGCUUUUCCGACACGGGAGCUUUUGUCCGUGAAGUCAUCCCCACUAUCCGUAGGACCCUCCUCUAGCCAACGAGUCUAUGUCGAGGGCCGGUGGGUGGAUGUCGGGGUGUAUCGCCUCGAGCAUGUGCCAAAAGGCGCGAGGAUUAAAGGGCCAGCAAUGAUCAUUGACCAGACGCAAACGAUCCUAGUUGAGCCUACCUUCCAUGCCUACGUCAUCACUAAUCAUGUCGUGCUGGAACUUGCUGAAGAUCAGACUCACUCUUGUGGGACAGCCGAGCCUGGAUCCAAUAUCAACCCGAUCCAGCUGUCCGUUUUUGCCCACCGAUUCAUGGGAAUCGCCGAGCAAAUGGGGAACACUCUACAACGGACAUCAAUCUCGACAAGCAUCAAGGAGCGUCUUGACUUUUCCUGUGCGAUUUUCUCGCCCGACGGCAAGCUCGUGGCCAACGCUCCACACAUCCCCAUCCACCUUGGCAGCAUGCAGUUUGCCAUCCAACAUCAACACCGUCUGUGGGAAGACAGGCUCCGGCCGGGCGAUGUCCUCCUGACCAACCAUCCUCAGUGCGGUGGGACACACCUUCCUGACCUCACUGUUGUCAGCCCCGUAUUUUUCGAGGAGAGCAUCAUCUUUUACGUCGCUUCUCGCGGCCACCACACCGACAUUGGCGGACGGGGCAUCACCUCAAUGAUGCCGGAGUCCAAGCAGCUGUGGGAAGAGGGCAUAAGCAUAGAGUCCAUGAAAUUAGUUAGCGGUGGUGAGUUCCUCGAGUCUGAAGUCCGCGAAGCUUUUGCCGCAGCGGGCAAGUUCCCCGGUUGCAGCGCAACGCGACGGAUAGGGGACAACCUGUCAGAUCUCAGGGCCCAGGUCGCGUCUAACCAGCGCGGCAUCGUGCUCCUUGGUAAGCUGUGCGACGAGUUCUCUCUUCCGGUGGUUCAUCGGUACAUGGAGGGUAUACAGGCAAAUGCCGAGUUUGCGGUGCGGGAUUUCUUCAAGAAGAUUGCCAAGGACCACCCUGAGCCGCUGAAGGCGGUAGACUGGUUCGACGAUGGGACAGCGGUCAGGUUGAGUGUGACGAUCAACCCUGAGACAGGAUCCGCCACGUACGACUUUGAGGGAACGGGGCCGCAGAGCUGGGGUAAUUACAACUGCCCGAUUUCCAUCACCCACUCCGCCAUCAUCUACACUAUCCGGUGUCUGGUCGACGUCGACAUCCCCUUGAACGAGGGCUGCCUCGCCCCGGUCGACAUUCGCGUUCCCAAGGGCUCGAUACUCAACCCCUCGCCCACUGUUGCGGUCUGUGGCUCGACACUCGCCAGCCAACGCAUCGUCGACACGAUCCUGAGGGCAUUUGGACGCUGCGCUGCGAGCCAGGGAUGCGCGAACAGCUUCGGUUGGGGUAUGGGCGGCCGAGAUCCCGAGACUGGGCGGAUCGUCCCUGGAUGGAGCUACGGUGAGGCCCUGGGCGGAGGUGUGGGUGCAGGUCCUGGGUGGCACGGGGAACACGCGGUAAAUGUGCACUCCACCAACACUCGGAACACAGACGCCGAAGUCAUUGAGAAGCGAACGGCGGUGCUGGUGCGCCGGUAUGAAAUCCGCCGAGGCAGUGGCGGCUCGGGAAGUUGGAAUGGGGGAGACGGUACCAUUCGGGAGAUCGAGGCUCGCACCCCCCUCAAGUUCAGCAUCCUCAGCGACCGGAGAGUAUACCAGCCUUAUGGCAUGAAUGGUGGUCAACCUGGGAAGCAAGGCGAGAAUUUUGUCUUCAAGUGGAAUGACGCCGGCGCCCUGGAGAAGAUCAACCUAGGAGGCAAAGCGGUUGUAAACUUAACAGCAGGCGAGAUCAUGCGAAUCAACACGCCUGGAGGCGGUGGCUGGGGUAUGACAGAUACCGACUAA